ACUCAAGUUACACUUCCAGAGCGUGUGGAUGUGUGUCUGAGUGUGUCCCGGUGUGUUUUGUCUGCUGUGUGUGUGUCUUUUGUGCGGUAGGGGUUUUCUAAGUCCACGCCUCGCUGGUUCCUGAUCGGCGCGUUCAGGAAAGCUCCGUUUUUUAUCACCACACAGCUCGGGUUGAGCAGACGUUACACGGCCAUGUCUGUGGGCGUCGAGUCCGGCUUCUCUAACGACGAGCUGCUCCACAUUCGCUUCCCCAUCCACCGCGCCUGCAGGGACGGGGACGUGGGCGCCCUGUGCUCGCUGCUCCAGCAGUGCUCCGCCUGCCCAGAGGACCUGGCCGCCGAGGACUCCUUCUACGGCUGGACGCCCAUUCACUGGGCGGCCCACUUCGGAAAGCUAGAGUGUGUGUUACGGCUGGUGCAGGUGGGCUGUGAGGUGAACGCGGUCACAUCCCGGUUUGCACAGACUCCGGCACACAUCGCUGCGUUUGGAGGUCACCCAAAGUGCCUCUUGUGGCUUCUCCAGGCUGGUGCUGAUAUCAACAGACAGGACUAUGUGGGUGAAACACCCAUCCAUAAGGCUGCAAGGGCAGGUAGCACGGAGUGCAUCAGUGCCCUGUUGAUAUCUGGUGCUAAACCGGAAUUGAGGAAUGCGAAUGGCCUGACUGCAGCCGGCCUGGCCCGUGCACAAGGCUUCCAGGAAUGUGCUCAGCUCUUGUCUAAUGCAGAGAAUCAGCUCAAGCAGCUCAAUGGGUUUGGCCAUAAUGGAACUGACCACACCCACGUCCAAGGGGGAGGUCUCCUUAAUGGGGUCAGUAGAAAGAGGCUCCUUGAUUGUUCAGAGCCCAGUCACCCCAAGAAAGCAAGAACUGACAGUAUGGAUUUCCCUGUGAAGGCACUGAAUGGAAUGGGGGAAGAGAUGGAGAGCAUGCAUGUGGAAUCUGCUCCAGACAAUCAAUCAGAAACAACCAUAGGUCUGAGGAACAGUCGCACGCAACAGAACAACAUUACCAUCAAUGGUGUCCCCAUAAACGGACACUGCCACCCAUCCCGCACCGAGCCUGUCCAUGCUGAGACUAGAAGCGACAUGUGCGGCUCGCUGCACCUCAGCGGCAGCCCCAGCAGCUGCGUUACUCUCAGGCCGUCCUGGGGCACGUUCGCUUCGGACUCCAGCGAACAUCUGCACUACGGGUAUUACCAUGGCUUCGGAGACACUGCGGAAGACCUGGAAGAUGCCAGCAGCCGCCACGAUCACAAUACGACCGUUAGGAUUGAGCAGUGCUACAAUCAGGAGGUGUUAAGCACCAUGCUGCUGUUUCAUGGCUCAUGAAUGGAAUCUGCUGGCUGGUUACAAUCCGUCCGUUCAAGUACAAAUGAUUGCAUUUAUUUGUAUUUUUUAUUAUUUUAUUUUUUUGUAGCCACCAGCCGCCUUAAACCAAGCGGUUUACCUUGACUUCUCUCUUGCACCUUAUCACAGCCACAGCAAGAAGUUGGUUUGUUUUUGAUGAAUUCUGGGGAAAACCUUUGUACCAAAGGGGACAAACUCUGUUUUUGUAUGUGACUAUUUUGAAUCCUUUAUUUUAUGGUAUGUUUGUGUAGUAGCCUAGCUGUGGAUUCUUUGUUCUGGUCCGUUAAACACCCCCAACUUUCUGAGAAUUGAAUUGAAUGCUCUUUGUAUAGUGUGAUUUGUGAAUUUUGCAUUGUUUUUUUUUUUUUUUCCCCUCUCCCCCCUUGUUUGAUUGUAGUAUUGGUGCCAGUACUUUUUUUCUACGAAGCUUGGCACUGUUAUGGAAAAUUUUGUACAGAGCUUUUUUGUGUUUCCUGUCAUUUGUGAGAAGCUCAGUUGAAUGGAUUUAUGAAUGGAUGUAAAAUGAAUUCUGACUGUAAAGAAGUACGUUUUUGAGAUUUUGGACAUUUGGACUUUGGUGAUACCUUUUGUGCAGUGCUAUAUAAAAUUUUGAGGCACAGAA